GAAGGAGAACGGAAGUCCGAGAGGAGCUGCGGUGGCGAAAGCUGCUGUAGUGUGAAGGAAGAGCUGAGGCGGGUGGGGGGCGACGGCUUGUGGUUCCAGUCCCGGUUCUUGAUCUUCCACAAUGGGUGAACCACAGCAAGUAAGCGCACUCCCUCCACCUCCAAUGCAGUACAUCAAGGAAUACACAGAUGAAAAUAUUCAGGAAGGCUUAGCCCCUAAGCCUCCCCCUCCAAUUAAAGACAGUUACAUGAUGUUUGGCAACCAGUUCCAAUGUGAUGAUCUUAUCAUCCGCCCUUUGGAAAGUCAGGGAAUUGAACGGCUUCAUCCUAUGCAGUUUGAUCAUAAGAAAGAACUGAGAAAACUCAAUAUGUCUAUCCUUAUUAAUUUCUUGGACCUUUUAGAUAUCUUGAUAAGGAGCCCUGGGAGUAUAAAACGAGAAGAGAAGCUAGAAGAUCUUAAGCUGCUUUUUGUACAUGUGCAUCAUCUUAUAAAUGAAUACCGACCCCACCAAGCAAGAGAGACCUUGAGAGUCAUGAUGGAGGUCCAGAAACGCCAACGGCUUGAAACAGCUGAGAGGUUUCAGAAACACCUAGAACGAGUAAUUGAGAUGAUUCAGAAUUGUCUGGCUUCUCUGCCUGAUGAUUUGCCCCAUUCAGAAGCAGGGAUGAAAGUAAAAACUGAACCAAUGGAUGCUGAUGACAGUAACAAUUGUACUGGACAGAAUGAACAACAAAGAGAAAAUUCAGGUCAUCGGAGGGACCAGAUUAUAGAGAAAGAUGCUGCCUUAUGUGUCCUUAUUGAUGAAAUGAAUGAAAGACCGUGAAAGUCUUCCUGUUCUUUUUUCCUUUUGGUAAAUAGAGUUGUAAAUUAGUUUAUUUUCUUUUAGUGUUAAAAGAGGUACUGUAUAACUAAAAGCAUAAAAGGAUUUUUUCUUGAUUCUGCUUUUUCAAUUAUGCUAUAAGCAGUAAUUUCAUUGCAUAAUAAAAAUAAGCAACUGAGUACACCUACAUUAAGAGUAAUUACCUUAAAAAGCAAAAUGUUUGCUGUUGUGUGGCAGAUUCGUAUUUUUGAAGUUACAGUAAAACUGAAGAUGUCCUCAAUAGUAGCAAACUUCCAUCCUUAAAAAAAGUAAAUUUGUCAUUUGCUUUAAGAAUGAUGAAUAAAGGAUAUAGAGGUGUUUA